UUCCGGUCCCCCUUGGCGGGAAACAAACAGGGACGCACCCACUUCCGGUCCUGCUUCUCCAUCCUCCCCAGGGCUCCGGGCCGCGGCCGAAGUGUGGGUCCCGCGUUUUUUUCCCGAGAUGAGUUUAGUCCUUAGGAACCUACAGAAAGUCAUUCCCAUCAGGCGGGUCCCGCUCCGGGCGAAAAUCGAGGCCCUGAGGCACGUUUUGGGGGUGCGGCAGUUCGACUUGGGGAUCAUCUGUGUCGACAACGAGCGCAUCCAGCGCCUUAACAGCACGUACCGGCGGAAAAAUGUUCCCACUGACGUUCUGUCCUUUCCCUUCCACGAGAAUCUGAAAGCAGGCAAAAUUCCCCAGCCCGAUUUCCAAGAGGACUACAACUUAGGUGACAUUUUCCUAGGAGUGGAGUACAUUUUUCAGCAGUGCCAGGAAGGAAAUGAGGAUUACUACAGUGUUCUAACAGUAACUGCAGCUCAUGGGCUUUGCCAUUUACUGGGCUACAGACAUGACACAGAAGCAGAGUGGCAAGAGAUGUAUCAGAAAGAAAAACAUAUCCUUGAUGAGCUGAAUAAACUUACCGGGACCAAUCUCCAGCCACUGACCAAAAACCAUUUUUGAUCCUUUAAGAAUAAAGUUCAAAAAUACUGACAGGACAA